GUUGAUUCCGACACACAAUCACACAGACACAGAAGCAGAAGCAGAGAAAAGCGCAACAGAACAGAGCCAGGCGUCAGAGGAGGAAGAGACUUUACAGAGCAAUGUCUACUAUUGGCGUGGAGACAACGCCGUUGCGGCACUUCAUCACCCGGAGCAGCUAUGAGGGAGCCUGGAACAAGGAGGUGAACAUGAUGGAUGGCUUCGGCACCUAUCGCUAUCCGGACGGCAGUGAGUAUCGCGGAAGGUUCCAUCACGGCAAGUUCCAUGGGUUUGGCCACUUGCGACUGGCACAGCCCUAUCGCUUCACCAUCAAGGGUGUGUUCGAGCACGGCAAGCUGGAGAGCAUCGAGGACAUGUGGUUCCCCGACGGCCUCCAUGUCCAGGGCCAGUUCACUAGCAACAGAUUUGACUCCUCGGACUGGGACUAUCUGACGCCACAGGAUCGACGCUACCAGGCGGAGCGUCGCUACAGCCAACCGCCCGUCGGUCCCACCGCCUACGUGACGAACAGCCUGAAGCCGCGUGGCGUGCCCAAGGGCUGCUACGAUGUGGAGGAGGGCAUCUACAACCCAAAGACGGGCUGGCUAAUGGACCGACCGCAGCCCUUCACCAGCAGUAUCUACGUGGGUUGUCCCCGGGAAAAGAACUGGAUUCUGCGUUACUGCCGACACGCUCGCAAGGAGCAAAUCCGCGAGCCACUGCCCUACUUCUGUCGCCGCAUCAUGGACAACAACCUCGUGACGGAGCUCUCCCAGCUGCCCCAGACAGACAUUUAUGCGCCCAACGAAAGGCUCGAACGGCAGCGCUACUACCACAAGUUGUGCAAGGAAAGAGGCAAGUCCAAGCCGCGCAACGAGCCCUCAGCCAUGGAGUUUACAACCAACUCCAAGGCCAGAGCCACGGCGCAGUGUAUCCGCGCCUACGAUCGACUGGCGCAGCGCCGUGAACUGGAAGAGUUCCGGGAUUUGCAAUCGACAAUGCGGAAGCCCCGUCACUGGACCAGCAGCUCGGAUGUGCAGCGCGUGGACUCUGUGGGUGCCUCAAGCUGCCGUUCCGAUAGCUUUGCCUUUGAGCCCAUUCCGCUGGACAUCAAGGAGACCUACGACUCGGCUAAUGUCAUGAUGAACAAGAAGGUCGCCGACAACUUCAAUGUGGUGCAAUCGAACAUGAUUCGCCGCUCGAGCUUCAUGGAAUUGUCGCGUUCUAUCUUUGAGUUGUAAAUCGAUCGAGAAAUAUUAUUUUA